AAUAUGGAUAGGUUAUUUUAUAAAGUUUUUCAUAAUACUUACUUGUUUAAAACUAUACUUGGUUUUAUUCAAGAAGUCGAAUGGGUCAACUAUGACGAUCCAUCACAAAUAACCAGUAGUAAUAGAUACAGAUUUAAAGAUAUAGUGUCAUUAAAGUGGAUGGUGCAAAAUAAAAUGUUUUCAUUAUUAAAGUGCAAAUUAGAGGCAAAUGAAUAUAUAUGCAUGGAU